CUGUGCGCGUGUGUGUUUGUUAUGUAUUGUUCUACAGUCAUUGAUUUAAACGCGAGGGACACUCAGUCUCAUCUUCUGAUUGGCUGUUUCUACUGUCCGUCACCGGAAAAGGCGGGGACAUUCCUGUAACGCAGAUGAAGGAGGGGAAAAAGAGAAAGUUUUCAAGAUGGCGGCGGUGUAACUUGUUCGUUGGAAAACAAUAGAAGAGGCGCAGAGGGACUCUUAUCCCACUGUUUCCCAGGAAUUCGCUCCCAAACAGUUCAUCUCGGACGUGGGCUCAGCCGAGGGAAAGAUUAUCCUUGGGUGUAACUCUGGGGAGAUAGUUUUAAAGUAUGAUGGUUCAUUUAAACGUUUCAGGCUAGCUAUCUUGCUAGCUAGCCGAACCCCAAACAGCGUUAGUAGCUAGCGGCUAACGGCUAGCGGGAGGAUCAGCUGUUCGGAGGACAGAUGCUGGGACAGAUGCUGUAGGAGAGCGGACAGCAGCACUCUCACAUGAGUGUGACUGAAGGCCGUUAGCAGCACAAAGGCCGCCUCCAUGGAGCCAGCACCGGAGUCUUUGUAAAGAGUGAGGGGGGGUGUAGACGCCAGAUUCAGCAAUAUAUGGACGAAACCUGAGCCGGGAGUUUACUGCAAGGCUUUAUUGAUGAUGGCGGAUUUUGUUACACCGCGACGCAGCGAGGUGAUGGAGCGGCUCCGCCGGAGGAUCGAGCAGUUCCGGCAGCAUCACAACAACUGCGAGGAGCGCUACUUGGCCGCGAUGAUGGAGCGGCAGGAGAUGGACCGGCAACAGACCUACGCCCUGCACCAGCGCUGCCUGCAGUCCAAAGCCAAGCGGUCCAACAAGCACCGGCAGCACCAGCCCAGCGGCGAUCAGGCCGGGCAGAGAGCGCCCGGAGGCGGAGGAGGAACCGGCGGGGAGCACGGGGAGAGCGGGGUGACGACGGGGGAGCAGAGCAGGAGCAGCACCCUGGAGACUCUAAAGAGGAAGCUGGAGAGCCUCAGUCCCCCUGACCUGCGAGGACAAGUCAACAGUUAUGAAAGCUUCCCAUCGAGCCAGAAAGGCUGCCAGGACAACAGCGCUACCGCCGGUUCCCCGCUUGACUCCAAGCCAGAUAUCAGCAACUCUAACGGGCCCAUGUGCGAGUCGGGAGACGGUGGCAGAGAGCCGGGUCCAGACUUCCAUCCGAAAGAGAUGAAGCAGGAGCCAGACGACAUCCUCCCCAUCAUGCCACCCCCGGUUGGCAACAACAGCCUGUUCCCUGAACUGAACGAACAGGAGUGGACAGAGCUGAUGGAGGAGCUGAACUUCCCUGUGGACUACGAAGACAUCCAGGAGAUCCUCAACGAUGGCUUUGAGGACCGCAAAGACCCUCUGGAACUGGCAGCCACUCAGGUUGGUGGUGGUGCUGUCGGGGGAGGGGCAGGAGGGGGGGGACAGUCUUCCCAGGGUUUACUUCCUCCAGAUUUGGUGAGCGUGAAGGCGGAGUUUUCCCCACCCUCUGCCGUCUUCGAGCAGGAUUCUCGCACCGGCUCCCCCCAAGUCAGAUCCACGCCUUCCGGGACUGCUCCUCCUCAUCCCACUAGCUCCCCUGUUGCCUCCUCCUCUGCCUCUUCCCCAGCUCUUUCCACCUCCCAGCCUGCUCCUCCCAGGCAAAUCCAGCCUCCACCCAACCACCUCCUCCCUCAGGGGCCCAAAGACUUGUCCCCUGCCCAGCAGCUCCAGGAACUGGCUGUCCGGCAGCAGAGAGUCCAGCACCUCCACAGACAUAUGCAGCAGCAGCAGCCAGGAGCCAAGUUCCCCAACCACCCCAACCACCCGUCUCCAUGGUCCCAGAUGCCCAAUACCUCUCAAAGCUCACAAGCGAGUGCAUUUGGUAUGGACAAAUCCACAAGUAACUCCCUUUACUCACAGGAUUUCAAUCCCAAUGCCCAGAAGCAGCUGGUGAUAUCCAGUCAGCCCAACAAGGCCUCUCCAAAGGCGGGUGCCAGCAGCUUCAUGCCAGGCUCCGCCGGACACCCCAACAUGCUGGGUCACCCGACUUCAGGGCCGCCUCUCAGCCAUGCGCCGGCAGCAGGUGCUCAGGCCCCGGCCGUCAUGCUGAACUACAACAACACCAAACCUCUGUCGCACUAUGAGGCGGGGCCCGGACCACCGCGACCCACUAACCAGAACCAGAAGGUGGGCCUGCUUUCACUCAUCCAGCAGCAGUGCCGCAAAGAGAAGCCCUACCGGCCUCAUAUGCCACACCCACAGGAUCAGAACGGCUACCCCGCUCCUCCACACGGCCCGGGGCCCACAAACGCCAUGACGGCCAAGCCUGGAAACAACGCCAUGCCGGGUAACCACGGUAACGCGUACAUGACCAGUAAAGAGGCAGCAGCGAGGAAACAACAGCAACAACAUCAUCAGCAGCAGAUCCUGGAGCAGCAGAAACAGCAGCAGUACAUUCAGAGGCAGCAGCAGAUUUUAGCCGAACAGGAGAAGCAGCGGCAGCGACACCUGACCCGACCUCCUCCACAGUACCAGGACCAGUCGGGAACAACGGCCAAUCAGAACCCUUACCCACAGCAGCCGGCCAACCAGUUUACAGCUUCCUCUCAGCCAAUGGGCAGUGUCAGCUCCAUGGGAGGCCCCGCCCCCGGGUCCCGUAUGUUCCCUCAGAACCAGGGCAUGAUGAGCAUGAACAUGGGUCAGGGUGGUGGUCCAGCAGGUGGCGUAGCCCCGCCCCCGACAGUGAGUCAGGCUGACAUUAGUCAGGGGGGUGGAGCCGGCGUGGAUGUCCUCUACAACACCAUGAGCAUGCACCCCAACCACCUGGCCCAGCAACCCAGUCUGCAGCGCCAGACGUCUCUGAACACCACCAUGAGCGCUCCGUACAGGCACAACCUCCUGCCUCAGCAGCAGCACCUGAAGACGCCGCCCAAUGCAGCUAUGUUGAAGCAGCCUCAUGUGGCCGGAGCUGCCCGUCUCCCAGCCUCCAUGCAGGGCAACAUGGGGGGCGGCAUGCCGGGCGGUCAGAGCACCGCCUGGCAGCAGCAGCUCGUCAACCAGCCGCCUUCCAGUAAUGCAGGCCUGUCCUUCAGCGGCCCCCCCAAUGCCUUCCACAUGCCGCCGCAGCAGCAGCCUUGCAUUCCCAAGAUGCCAUCCGGCUCCGCCCCCUUUGGCGGCAACCCAGGUGGACGUCCGAUGGGUGGUCUGAAUCCCGGACAACAAAUGAUGCAGACAAACAUGGCAGCGCCCCAGCAGAGGGCACUGCCCAACCCCCAAAGACAGGGCCAGCCAAUGACCAAUCAGCAGCAGGGCCCCCAGAACCAGGCCGUACUCCCCAACCUGGCAGCGUUCGGACAGCCGCAAGGCAACGGUCGCCAGGGACUACAGUGUAACCAAGGAUACCAGGUGAGCCAAACAGUGAGUCAGCAGCAGCAUCAGGUGUCAUUCGGAUACAACGUGGCGUCGGGGAGUUUUCCCGCGGAGAGCGACCUGGUGGACUCGCUGCUGAAAGGACAGAAUACGCAGGAGUGGAUGGCCGACCUGGACGAACUGCUCGCCAACCACCACUAGUCUCACGCACGCACGCACAUGAAGCCUGCAGAGUGAGCCGCCGACCACUUCCUGCUGCCACCACGUGUUAGCGUUAGUCGCAGAAGGCUGGCGACCGCGUCACGUUCUCAUGCUGUCAGAGAGAAGCCUGUCAGCACCGCACACACACAGACUGGCCGUUGAAUCAUUGCAGCACGAUGAAGAAACACAAAGUGUUCAGAGCUCCUGUAAGCGGCCACAUUCCUGCUCGGAGGCUCUGCAAUUCAGCUGAGUCAGCUGAUCCGUGCAGCUGAGCUCCUCCGGGGUUUCCCACAGAUCAGACUGAAUUCACGGGUGGGAACACCACACUUUCUUCAUUAGAUCAAUAAAUAUUUAAAUAAUAGAGUAAGAAAACCAGCUGCCUUUCCAGGAAGUUCCUCAUCCCACUGUUCGGACUGCAGCUGGCUGUCCUCUUGCUCUGAAGCCGCGGUGACCUCGCUAAACCUGCUUCAGGUUCAAGGUGGAAUGACCUCCCAGCUCACCGCAGCUUCAGAACAUCUGCCCACAUCAGCGGUGAUCCGCAGGCAUCCAUAUGAGAUGAGUUGAUGGAGUCUCUGGAAAGCAGCUGAGCGAGUCUGUGGGAAACACGACAGGAACGGCUGGGGCAGUGACUGACCUUUCAAAAUAAGAGUGAUGGGAUAGUCCACUAUGAAACUGAUCGUAUUGUCGUUUUGAGUGAAAAUUGUCGUUAAACAUCUCCACGCGGUCCUCGAAGGCUCCGUUCAGAUAAGCAGAUUAACGAAGCGCUCGGUGUUUAAAAACACUCCUGGUAGAAAAGUCCUCAAAAAAAAACAUUUAAAAAAAAUUACUGUUGCAGUCCUGACAUCAGCUUCCAUUCUGGACUUGGAUGCACUAUACAAAUAAAACCAGUUUUAAAAUGCAGAUUGGGGUUUUUAUGGAGUAAAAAAAAAAAUGUGGACUUUUACAUGAAUAUUAAGAAUUGGUUCUCAAACGAUUGCCACCUUCUUUUAAGCUGCUGUCGUCCCUGCAGGAUGGCACUAAUCAGCUUCUGUCCUCAAACUUUCUAAAUUUAUGGAAUGAAAUGAGCACACAGCAGGCGUGUUUGGGCCUAAUCUGGGCUAACUUUGGCACAACAGACAGAUGCUGAUUUUCAGAGUCAGGUGUGGGCCAAACAUUGGCUGCUGUGUGGUGUUCGACCUUUUAUUGCACAUUUGGAGGACAUUACGUGAUAAACAUCAGAGCAUAUCUGCUAAUGAACGGGACAAGAACUAACUGGCGCUUCGAGAGCAGCCAGCCGAGAUUCAGGUCAAAGCCUGAAAAACCCACCACCUGAUACUGGAUCAGCUGUCUUUAAAGGAAAUUAAAUCAGAGCGUUGAAGCUCGGUUUAAUUUUUCCCCGUAUAAAGACUGAAAGUGUUUGAUCCUUUGCCUGAAGGUUUCCUGAUUGUUGUGAAGUAGCCUGAACUGAUUAAACUGGUUUCUGAGACUUUCUGUUCUCUUCCACCAGGAGUGUAAAUCUAAACACCUCCACACGAGUCAACACAAACAAACUGUGUGCACGCACAAAAACAGCAGUAAGAUUACUACUGAACCCGCAGUCCUUGCCUUCGACCGCCACGUUAGCAUUAAGUCACAUUAAAGGACCAUCCCUCUGUUUUUUUGUUUGUUUGUUUGGUUUUUUGUUUGGUUUUUUUUUUUAGGGGGGGGGGGUUCAGCUGGUUGUCUGUUUUGUUUUUUUUAUUUUUAGGACUGAAUCAACAUGUGUUUGUUUCUGGUUUUACAGCUUGAGCUGGGUGAUUUUCAUACUGUAGGGAAAUGAUUUUUCUCCAUAAACAUUUAAAUAACUUAACAAUAGCGCAUUCUUUGUUUAGGUAAAUGAGAUGCUGGUAUAUCGAGCCUUUUUUCCCCCUAUGAAAUGUCAUGUGUUAAAUUUGAGGCCAGCUGGUUAUUGGAGGCUCACAGAUAUUCCAGCAGAUUUCAUAAAUCGAGGGGAAAAAACAGAGAAAUGGUCCUUUAAAAACAUAACAAGCCGCCGGGAAAUGAGCAGCAGGAAUCGGAAAGUUUCUGUCGCGGAGUCCAGUACUUGAACCUCCAGGUGAAUGCGCAGAGUCCAAACAAACAGGCGCACUGAACCGCGAUGCGUUUAAGUCACUCAUAAUGUUAUUCUGUGAUUCAGCCUGGCGAGAACCUGCAGAGAAAUCAUCCAUCACCUCCUCUAAAGCUGCGUUUCUGAGCGGAAAAACAUGGAAAACACAGGAAACUUGUGCCCUUUAAUGAGGACAUUUUGCCCUGUGUGUGGUCUGACAGACAGUGGUCUGAAGGCUGAUAGAGUAAAAUGCCCUGCCAGUCUGAAGAAUUUCAGUCCUUUUAUUUAAGGCAGAAUUCAAGUAAAAAUAGUUUUCACCCUCGUCUUACACCUGCUUCAUAUGUACAAGAAAAUUUGGCCUCGGGAUUUAGAUCCCACUGUUCUCACCUGGAUGUGAUUUAACAUAGAAAUAUAAAGUAACUAAAAAUAAAAUCGAAACAUUUCCAUGUGACAGUUUGACGCUUUGUUUUAAGAUAGAAAUUUAAUGUGAACUAAACAUCCCUGCAGUCGUUGGGCUCGGUCAGGUUGCUCAGACUCCGUGCUGGGGACGCGGCGUUGGCGUUCCUGUCAUUCAGAGACUUCAAACUGCGUCAUCUGCGUUUGAUGAAUCUUCCGUUGUGUCCACACAGUUGUCACCGCUGGCGUUAAUCAGAAUGAACCAUUCUGACGGUUCUCUGCAAGGUGGAACUCCGGCCGGGUCGCCACGUUGAAAGUGGAGCGGUGACCCGGUCGUCCUAUCUACUGUACUGUUGUCCAUGUUUGCGUGUCCUCGCGGCAGCGCUGUUCCUGUUUUUGUCGCCGAUCGGUCGCUCGGGGAUGGUUUCGUGUUUCCAUUCAAAUCGCUGCCAAUCCCUGGGCCCGCCUUCGACUUCCAGCCUCGCUCGGUCUCCGUGGGUUUUCUGGGUUAAAUGUUGUAAACAGGCUCUGUGUAAAUGUCUAUAAAUAUAUUUUUUGUAUGUAUGCCUUUCCUAAUGAUCUGGAGAAGAUAGAUGUUAUUUUUAUAUAUUGCAGCGGAUGUUUUGUAAGUAUUUUAUACUUUUGAUAUGGUUCUCUGUAAAACAAGAGUAUUAUGUAAAUAUAGUUCUUUAGAAAGCUGCUGCCUGUGUGUUUCUGUCUGUGUGAAUUCUCUAGACCUGAUUCAACACAUUCACUAAAUGAGACGACCUGAGUUUUCUGUGGAGGUUUUCCGUCCUCCAUCAUGGAAAUGAAAUGAAGCUCUUUCUAGUUCAUGAAGCUGUUUCGCCUCUUGUUCAAGGUCACGUGGAUCAAGGUGUGAGUGCGAUCUCAUGACUGUGUUAUAGGUGGUUGUUAAUGGUGUCAUAGGCCACCACCUCGUCGCACUGCUCAUCAGACCCAGCACCAUCCUCAGUCACUGCGAUGAGCAGUGACAAAUGCUCGCACCUUCUCAUACAUUGCUGUGCAAAAGUCUUGAGUCAAGUCUUGGUCAUUAGUUGCUUUUUCACUCAUUUUCAGUCCAAUCCUUGUACCUGACCAUGUUCAGAGAAGUUUUUUGUUUUGUAAACUCUUUGAAUUAUUCAAGCAUAAAAAGACUCCAUACUCAAGGGUGAACCGGUGUUGUCUGCUCAUAACAGACAUCAUAACAAAUAAUACAUUUUAAAUUGUAUUUUUUAGGCUCCGUAUUAGCUGCCUCUGAUGUGACCCUAGUAUACAAAGUUUUCUAGAGUCAGACUUUCAGCCCCCAGCCAUGUCACGCAUGCAGCACCUUGCAGUUAACAGGUUAUGCUGCUGCAAACACUUUAAUUUUCACUUUUUCAUACCUCAGUUCAGCUGAGUUCACACUACAGCGUUACCUGUAGCAGCAUGUUGGAAGCAAUUUAACUGGAUGACUUUGUUGUCAAACCACAGUUUUUAAUAUAAGACACCAGUUUUGGGGUGGACCCUUUAGUUAUCGAAUCUGAGGCAGAAGAGAGGAGCAGCUGCACACAGUGUUUCAGACUCUUAACUGUAUAAAGCCAGUGGAAUUUACUUUAAGCUGUUAAAGUAUUACAGGCAGAAAGCAAUCACACAGACACACAAUCAGCAGGUACAAUCAGCAGCCAUCCUAUUCAAGCCAUGUUUACAGUGAUAUUAAUCCUGUUAGCUGUUACUUUUCAUUACAGUUAAUGAUUCAAUUAAUUGGGCAAAGCAGAAGCUACUUUAGAAGCUUUAGAAAAGUUUAUAACUUUCUUCCUCUCACCUAAAGGUAAAUCUAACAAUAAAACAGAGUUUACAAUCCAAUAAAUCGCUGAUUUACAUUCCUUUGUAACAAUAUUAAAACUAAACACGGGCUGCUGCUGGGUUAUUGACAGGUAACAUCCUCCUGACUUGCUCUCUGCAGCUCUGCUGUACUCUAAAUAAACAAUGAAGUCCAAUUUGACCAGAACAGGAAGCUAAUAAAGUACAUCAACUCCUGGGCUUGUAACAGUCUCCU